CAAACCAAAAUCGGUGGACCCACGAGAUUCAACUCAGCUAAACAUCUCCCACAAGAAAAUGCAGACGUCAAUAUUCUUUACAAUGGCUAUAUAAACCCUAGAUCAGCACAAGGUUCCAUCCAACACAAACACAAACACACAAAAAAAAUAACCAUGAAGAAGUUUCACGGAGUCGCCUUGGUUGUUUUUCUAUCAGCUUUUGCGACUACUUGCAAAGCAGAUGAGGAACUUUCUUGCGAAGAGAAGGAGCCAUUCACAUGUGGAAACAUUGACGUUUUAAGCAGUAAAAAUUUCGAUAAAGACUUCAUUUUCGGUGUCGAAGGAAGCAGAGGUCGUGGUCUAAACGUUUGGGAUGGCUUCACUCACCGAUACCCAGAGAAAGGAGGACCAGAUCAUGGGAAUGAAAACACUACUUGUGAGUCAUAUACAAGAUGGGAGAAAGAUGUAGAGGCGAUAAUCGAAAUGAAUGCUACUGGCUACAGAUUCUCCUUUGCGUGGUCAAGAAUCAUUCCAAGAAAAAGGAGAAGGGGAGUGAACAAAGGAGGUCUUGAUUACUAUCACAAACUCAUAGAUGCCCUCAUCGCAAAGAACAUAACGCCUUUCGUUACCCUCUUUCAUUGGGACCUUCCUCAAACACUGCAAGAUGAGUAUGAAGGUUUCUUGAGCCGCGAAGUCAUAGAUGAUUUCAAAGAUUACGCGGAUUUGUGUUUCAAGGAAUUCGGUGGAAAGGUAAAGAACUGGCUCAGUAUCAACCAGCUCUACACAGUGCCUAUGAGAGGCUACGCAAUCGGGACAGAUGCACCCGGUCGAUGUUCUCAAGCGAUUGAUAAGAGAUGUUACAGCGAAAAUUCUUCAACAGAACCCUAUAUAGUUGCACAUAACCAGCUUCUUGCUCAUGCCGCGGUGGUUGAUCUUUAUAGGAAGAAAUAUAAGUUCCAAGGAGGGAAGAUCGGACCUGUGAUAAUAACUAGAUGGUUUCUUCUAUAUGAUGAGACUGAUAAAGCCUGCAUAGAUGCAACUGAGAGGAUAAAAGAAUUCUUCUUAGGAUGGUUUAUGGAGCCGCUAACAAAAGGUAGGUACCCAGACGUCAUGAGGAAAAUUGUGGGAAGUCGUCUUCCCAACUUCACAGAAGCAGAAGCCAAACUCGUAAAGGGUUCAUAUGAUUUUCUUGGUCUCAACUAUUACGUCACUCAGUAUGCACAGCCAGCUGCUAACCCAUAUCCUUCGCGAAAGCACACUGCCAUGAUGGACCCAUGCGUAAAGCUCGCGUCUGAAAAUUCACGUGGUGAAGUUCCUGGUCCACUGGUAAGCGGCAACAGCUAUUACUACCCAAAGGGAAUUUACUACGUAAUGGAUCACUUCAAAACCAGAUACGGAAUUAGUAGCCUCGGUUCCGAAACCCGUGAGGAGGCUGUUGCCGAUUCCAAGCGGAUUGACUAUCUUUGUAGUCAUCCCUGCUUUCUUAGUAAAGUCAUUAAAGAGAAGAAUGUCAACAUAAAAGGAUACUUUGCAUGGGCUCUUGGAGAUAAUUAUGAAUUCUGUAAAGGCUUUAGCGUCAGAUUCGGACUCAGUUACGUUAAUUGGACAGACGUUACUGAUAGAAACUUAAAAGAUUCUGGCAAAUGGUACCAGAAGUUCAUUAACGUUACCACCAAGAACCCUACAAAACAAGAUUUCCUCCGCUCUAGCCUCUCCUCCCAAUACAAGAAGCUCGCAGAUGCAUGAACACUUUAUGCCCAUGAUCAAGCUCAUGUCACAACUCUUUUACUUGCUCCAUAGAUAACAUAAGGAGCUUCGUUUACUGUACUAAAUAGAAUAAUUUCCCCUCAAAAACGGGAUGAUCAAUGAAUAAUACUUUUAGUUACUACUACAUUAUGCCAAGUCAAGGGAUGGGGAAAAAGAAGCAAUGAACCCAAUUUAACAAUAGGAACAUCUCUAUGAACAGGUUUUCAAACCGUAUUUCA